GUUGUACAGAAAAAUCUAGAGAUUGGUGAAGUUCUAGCUGUUGAUGUUUCUUCCAUUGUUGCUGUGACAAGUACAGUCAAUAUCCAAAUUAAAUAUAAUGGUCCUGCAAGAAGGACAAUGUUUGGGGGUGACAAUGCGGUCACAGCUCUUCUAAUAGGACCAGGCAUUGUGUUCAUACAAAGUUUACCUUUUCAUAGAUUCUCUCAACGAAUUGCUAGGGCGGUGACAUCACCAAACAUGAGGGAAAAUCCGAAGUUUUUCAUACAGAUCGCAGUUUUCUUUUUUCUGGCGUAUGUUGUC